AUGGCAGCGAAAUAUCUAGCCGAUACAUGUGAACGUUCUGGCCUAUGUUGCCCUAUCUGUUUACAGCAGUACCGUGAUCCAAGAACUCUGACAUGCAUUCACAUAUUCUGCCAAAGCUGCAUUCAUCAACACAUAUUGAAACAGAAAGAAGGCGGCCAUUUCAAGGAAGGGAUAGAAUGUCCUCUUUGUAGGAAAAUAACCCCUAAGCUUGCUGCGGAAAUGCAACCGGAAGACUGGUCAAAGAGUACAUAUGAUAGUCGUAAGCCUGCUGCUUUGCUGCACAAAAAUGGAGAGGUGUUAGAUUUUGAUAUUAAAUUUCCAGAUAAGGAGUGGAAGAUAGACGACAGCUUCCGCUCAUUUGAUAAAGCAUAUGAUAAACUUGCUGUUUCAGAUAGGGCGGAGAACAAAGUUAAUAUGCGAGGCACGUUUUAUGAACGACUACACAAUGACGCAAGAACAUUAAAAUCAAAGCUGAAACACCAAAUGGACAAGACUGACAAAGUUGGCAGUGAACUUGUCAGAAUGAAAAUAAAACUGAAAGAGAAAUCAGAAGUUGGAACAAAACCUAGCAAAAAUGAAAAAUGA